AUGUGUGAGUUACCGCCAGAAUUAAUUACUAAACCAUUAGCUCUUAUUGGUUUAACCGGUUUAGAUAUUGCAAAUCCUAUACACCGCUCUAUUUGGGAUGCAUUUAGUAAUAAUCGCAGAUUGGAAAGUUCUGCCAUACAAUUUAAAUUACUUAAUCCUACUCAUGAAUUUCCUACAGUAAAACCUAAGAGAAAUUCAUAUGAAUGGUAUAGACCCAAAGGAAUAUUAAAACGUAAUUGGAUGAAUAAAUACCUUAAUGAAAUCCCAGCUGUUGUUGUCGUAUUCUAUAACUUAGAUUGGAAUGAUCCACAGUGGAAUGAAAAAAAGAUGGAAUGUGCUUCUAGAGUACAAUCUCUUAGAAAUGCUUUGGAUGGAAGAACUACAAAAAUUGCUGUAGUACUUAUACAACAAUGUACACAGCCUCCACCGGGUUCUGAAGAUGCUAUUGCAACUGAACGUGCCACAGCUGUGUGUGGUGCAUGUGAAUUACCUCCAAAGUUAUUAUAUAUUUUACCUCAUGGAAAUCAUUUACUAGGCUAUAUAUCUAGACUGGAAAGUGCAUUAUAUGAAUUGGCACAAAACUUUUAUCAUCAUGAAUAUCGUAUUGUCAAAGGGCAUAGAGAUCAACUUAAUAAAACUGUACAAAAAAAUGCAUACAAGCAUCUAUUUGUACGCCAUCAGUAUAAAAUGGCAUUUUUAAAUGAAUUAAAACAAGAUCAAAGUUUAGCUCAGAAGCAUUAUAGUCAAGCAUAUAAUCAUUUAUUAGAAAUACAAAUAACAGACACUAAUGUAAUGGAAAUUGCAACUAUUGCUUGUUUUAUAAAUUACAAGUUAUGUAAAAUAAUGUUCAAUGUAAAUGCUCCUAAAGAUGCUAUAUCUCAAUUUAGACUUCAUACUGACAGAUUUAAAUUAUGGGCUGGUCCAAAGGAACUUAUAUUUGAACAUCAUGCUUGGAUGUGCAGUCAGUUUUCUACAUUUGCAGAAUUAUUUGAUGAUGCUAUUCGACAGGGACUUCCUGCUGUUCAGACUCGGCACCCUGGGUAUUAUUUUCAAUCAGCAGCUCAUCAUGCAAGUUUAAGACAAGCAGCUUGCAAAGAACUUUGUCAAAAUGUUAAUAUUUAUCCUGAGCCAGAUCCAUUAGCUGGAGAGGAGAAACUUGAAUUCUAUGGACAACGACCAUGGCGUCCUGGAAAAUUGAGUGCAGAACCUGCAGAUCCUGUAAAGGAAGCACUUGCUAUACAGGCUUUGCAGUAUAAGGAAAAAUACACAGUUAAUCAUUCUAAUAUAAUCAUUGAUUUACUGGGCAAUGCAAUCUCACAAUUUAAAGUGUAUAGAUGUCCAAGAAUGAGAAGAGUACUAGUCAUCCAAAUGGCUGAAGAAUAUUAUAAUUCUAAGGAUUACGGAAAUGUUUUAACAUUAUUGAUGCACAUGUUGUGGGAAUAUCACGGUGAACGGUGGCCCGUCUUAAUCACAAAUAUAUUAAAGAAUGCCUUGCGUGCGGCAUAUCUUUCUACACAUAUUCGAGACUACAUCACCUUGGCAUUUGAAGCGUUGGGACCAUCUACCACAUUUUCCGAGGAUUACAAAAUUGCUGUCUACAGUAACAUCAUUAAUAUUCUUCAUAAAAAACCACCAACUCCAGAACCUGACUUACCCGAUGAUGUGAAAUAUCCCGCAAUAGAAAAGUGGGUAAUGGAACUUAAUCAGUCAGAUCCAAUUGUUUUUACAAUUGAUGAUAAUAUGAGUUCAUUUAUAGAAGUUAAAGCAAGAUUUUUACAACCUAAGUAUGCUAUCAAUUCUACAAUUAGUGUAGAAGUUAUUAUUAGGAAUUCAUAUAGUAAUAGUGUUGAAUUUUCUAAAAUAUCAGUAACAAUCAGUAGUCCAGAGUACAAUUCAGAAUUCAUUGUUGCCGAUGCCGAACAUAACAAUCUUAUUUUUCAUGGAAAAGAAAUGAAAAAAUUUGUUUAUCAAUUUCAAGCUUCGCUACAAAAUGAUAGUAGCAAAAUACGCAUUACUACAAUUUCAUUGUAUAUGGGCAAUGAUAAAAUUUGUUGUAUUAUUUUGAGAUUUUCUGUUGCGGGGAAAGAAACAAAUUUCUUGAGUCGAUUAUAUCCCGAAAUACAACAGUUUCGUAGAGGAGAGUUUGAAGCAAUACAACCACUAGUCACUGCCGAAAUAAAACAAGAAGAAUCUAGUCUGAGUAUAAGUGCUGAAUCCAAUAAUCCAGCACUUUUAGGAGAGUGGCUUCCUAUUAGUAUAUCUAUUACUGCUAAUGAAAAAUUGUCGUCAGCAUUUUUAAAUGUAUCACUUAUAUCUGAUGGAACAAAUGAACAGUCAACGGAAUUAAGUUUAACAAUGAAUAACAAACAAUCGGUAAUAUCGAUACCAAUGGAUAAUUUGGAAAAAGAUUGUGUUACUCAUCAAACUGUGUAUUUAAGAGCUCACAAAGUUGGUGAUCGGGAUAUUCAUAUAAAGGUAGAAUACUCGAGACCUAAACAAAUUAAAGGAUCUAAAGAAUUAACAUAUUCGUUGUCAGUUACAAAACCAUUUGAAAUAUCAACAUUAUUUUAUACUACACUUUUUGAACCAUUAAUGAAAGGUUUCAUUAAUGAACCAUUUAUAAUAAUGCCUCACGUUUCUUGUGUUUCUCCAUGGCCUAUAAAUAUUAUAAAUACCUCCAUAGAACUGGGAGAUUCAAUAGAAAGGGAAAAUACAGAUGAAUCAGUAUCUGUUUUAACUGGUAUUACACUUUCUGAAAACGAAACAGGUACAGAUGCAUAUUGUUUGAUACCAAAAAUAGGUGGUGAACAACCUAUUAGUACAGGAGUCUACACCAUUAAAUGGAAACGUGCAAAUGAUGAUAAUGCAUUAGAAACCAGCAGUAGUGUUACUUUAGCACCUUUAGGAGUUGAAGAUGUAGUGAUUGGUUUAGAAGCUAAAUUGCCAGCCCAUGGUUGGGUUCGUACACCGUUACUCAUAUCGUAUAUUAUAAAAAAUCAUUCCGAUUAUAUGAUUACGCUACGAUUAACAAUGGAAGCCAAUGAUGCCUUUAUGUUUGCUGGACAUAAACAAAUUGAUAUUUACAUACUUCCAAAAAAUAAUAAAAUAGUUGAAUGGAUUUUACGACCAUUAGUAGCAGGUUUUGUACAACUUCCAACAUUAUCUUUAACAGUUCCCACUGAUGAAGAACGCAAAUUAAAUAAAGCACGACUUUCGGAAGUAGUGGAACGGUCAAUACCGAGUCAUAUAUAUAUUCUUCCAACUUCACAAACUUUAGAAGAAUAAAUAAAAUAACAGAUAUAGAGGGAAUAUACUAGAGGAGAAAGGAAUUUUGUUCUUUUAUCAAAAUGUAUUAUCGAGCCACAGAUACAUUCUCUAUACAUUCUUACACAUAGGAAAAUUUCAUACGUAAAAUUAUAAAUAUUAUCAAUCUGUUAAAUAUAAUUUAUUUAAGUUACUUCAAAGUGUAAUAAACAAAGGUCCCUUAUCCUUUAAUAUGCAUUAGGUUCCGUUAACGUACAUGUUCAUACGGACGUCAAUAUCGAUUGUGUUACCACACGAUAUUUCUAUA